AUGGAAGUUGUUGGCCAUUUUUGCAAUGAUCACUGCGGGGAUCAGAUCUCACAGUUUUUAACCCUUAAUCAGGAUUUUGUGUUUUUUAAUUAUUGGCGGGGAAAAUGCUUGCAGACGUACAUGUUCAAAUACGACAGCGUUCACGGUCAAUGGAAGCACCAUGAUGUUAAGGUCAAAGACUCUAAAACCCUUCUCUUUGGCGAGAAACACGUCACUGUUUUCGGAAUCAGGAAUCCUGAGGAGAUUCCAUGGGCCGAGACUGGAGCUGAGUUCGUAGUUGAGUCAACUGGAGUGUUCACUGACAAGGAUAAGGCUGCUGCUCACUUGAAGGGUGGUGCUAAGAAGGUUGUCAUCUCUGCUCCAAGCAAAGAUGCGCCCAUGUUUGUAGUGGGUGUGAACGAGAAGGAAUACAAGCCAGAGCUUGACAUUGUUUCCAAUGCUAGCUGCACCACCAACUGUCUUGCUCCCCUUGCCAAGGUUAUCAAUGACAGAUUUGGAAUUGUAGAGGGUCUCAUGUCUGCCGUUCACUCCAUUACUGCCACACAAAAGACUGUUGAUGGACCAUCAAUGAAGGACUGGAGAGGUGGUAGAGCUGCUUCCUUCAACAUCAUUCCAAGCAGCACUGGUGCUGCCAAGGCUGUUGGAAAAGUUCUGCCUGCCCUCAAUGGUAAAUUGACUGGAAUGUCCUUCCGAGUUCCCACCGUCGAUGUAUCAGUUGUGGACCUAACCGUUAGGCUUGAGAAGUCUGCAUCGUAUGACGAGAUCAAAGCUGCUAUCAAGGAGGAGUCUGAGGGCAAGCUUAGGGGCAUUUUAGGUUACACUGAAGAAGAUGUUGUCUCCACAGACUUUGUUGGUGACAGCAGGUCGAGCAUAUUUGAUGCCAAGGCUGGUAUUGCUCUGAAUAGGAAUUUCGUGAAACUUGUCUCCUGGUAUGACAAUGAAUGGGGUUACAGUUGUCGUGUGAUUGACUUGAUUGUUCACAUGGCAUCCACCCAAGCUUGUUGAAGUUAAGCCAAUUGGACUCUGUGUUCUGGUUUUUAAAGAGAGGGUGUUUGAAAGUUGCUUGCACUUCGGAAUAAACCUAAGAUUUCUUUCUUGGCUGUUUUCAUUUUUGCGUUAUAAUGUCAAAGCAAUCAGUCUUUUAAUCAGAACGCAAUCAGUUUAAUACUAUAAAGUAGAUGGUAUCUAUACAUCAAUGAGAUAUUUUCUCUUGCUGCUU